AUGGAGUGCAUGCGCCGAUUCUUCGUCGCGGCGUGGUACCUCACCUCGUUCAGCACCCUCCUGCUGAACAAGCACCUGCUGGGUACCCUGCACAUUCGGCCCAACACGCUGGCAGUGGUGCAGAUGGUGUCCACCGCCAUCUACGGGGCGUUGAAGACCGUCGACUUCAGGAAGUGUGCGCGAGACGUUGCGGAG